GCGGAGGGUGGUGUGAGGGACUAUUCGAUCUAUUUCGAACAGUUACAAACCUGAUUGUAAAAUAGACAGCUCUCUGACUUUUAGUACUGUUUAGGCACUGCUAAUCAUUUACUCUACAAUAUGGCUGAGACGGACCCCAAGUCGGUGCAGGACCUGACCAAUGUGGUCCAGACUCUGCUGCAACAGAUGCAGGACAAGUUCCAGACCAUGUCAGACCAGAUCAUCGGGAGGAUUGAUGAGAUGAGCACACGCAUUGAUGAUUUGGAGAAGAACAUUGCCGACCUGAUGACCCAGGCUGGUGUUGAAGAGAUUGAGGCAACACCGGAAAAGGCUAAAGAGGGUCAAGGCUCAUAAUGAAGGUUCCCAAGUAACACUGUGUGAAGUCGGUCCUAUAUUCAGGAGCAGCAGACUUUUUGUCAUUCUGAAAAUGACUUGUAUUGAUUUGGUGUGUUGUAGUGUGAAAUGCUUUUUUAUAUAUCGAAUAUUGUGAUAAACGGUUACAGUUAUGUAAUGACUUGAAAAGUUGAACGUUAUUUGUAAGCUAGAAUAGUGUGAUAUGCCCUUCAGAACCUAAUAUGUGCAGGAAUGCAACUUAUGGAUUUUGUGCGCCGACCUGGUGGUUAUUUUGCUGCCAUCAGACAUAAUUAAUUAAAUCCCAUGAGGUGAUGAGGACAGUUUGGCCCUAGCCUGUGCUGAGAGGUACAACCCGCAGGCUAGCAGGCCAGUAGAACCUCCAUUCCUACCAACAUGGGAAAUGGGCACAGUGAACAUCUGAAGCCUGCAGUGUUUUACAAACAGCACUGAAUACCAAGUUGUGGGAUGCAUUCCAAUUCUAAUUUUCCUCUAUUAAAGCUAUUUAAUACAA